CCCAGAACUGAGGCCCAGUGGCUGAAGAUUGUCGCCACGGAGAUCGACCACCUGCUGGAGCAUGUGUAUCCUGGUCUCCUGGACACGGAGUUGUCAGGACAGCUGGUGGAGAUCUUCGUCCCUUUUCCUUUCGAGGGGCAGGGAGAGUGUGGAAAAAGAGGGAGGAGGGGUGAUAGUUGGGAGUUUGGGGAGGAGGGGAGGGAGUGAGGAGGAGGGGAAGGGGAGGAGGGUGGGGGCGUGGCCUGUUGUAGGGAGUCUCCCGUCAAACGUAAGCUCUGGGAGCUCUCGACAACGACUCCUCGUCGAUCAGACGACCGACACGUCGUCAUGGGAGAUCCUCUCCAAACACAGCUCCACCAGCACCCGCUUCAGCUUCAAAACGGACAGCACUUCGAGUCAUUUCCUGGUGCCGGUGUGGGAGUGUCUGAGGGCAGCGUUUACUUCUCCAGUAAUUCACGUCAACAACAGGAGAGUAAGACUUGAUGAUUUGGUACCAGACCUGCUGUUUGGGGACGUGGCCCCGGAACUGUUGCUCAGGAACCAUGGCGACAGCACCCUCGCAAGCCCCGCCCAUUCCGGAACAGAGACGGGCACACUUGGGAAUGGACUCGGGACCAAGGGGUGGAUUGGUGGUGGGGUGGGUCAGGGAAAAUCUGUGACUCUGAAAUCAUUGCCAGAGCAGAAUGGAACGGGGACUGGCGUACGGAAGAUGAGCAGAAAACGCUCACACACCAUUACCGGUGUGUGUACUUGGAAUGGAAUCGAACCAUGCAAUCAGAUUGGAAUCCAGUCCAGCAGCAGCAGCAGCAGCGGUCUCCAUAUUAGGUCUUACUACACUAUUGAAGACGAGGAGGAGUGCGUGAAGAGAGAAUCAGGCACUUCGAGAAUGCUGUCACUGAAGAGAUGUCUCCAACGAGCUCACAACGACCUGAACAAACUGAGGCAGCUGCAAUGUCCAUACAUCGUGACUGCUGUUGGAAUCCACUUCUCUCCCCCCAGCGUGGCAGUAGAGAGCUCCCCACUUGGGUCACUACAUCACUACCUGAGAGAGGAGGGCCUGGGACUGGUGGAGAUCGGAACCUCAACCAUCCACCACAUCUUACUGCAGUUGCUGAGUGCGCUGGACUAUUUUCAUCGCGAGGGACUCAACUACCACACUCUACAGUCGAAGAACGUUCUACUGUGGAGUAGGGAUCCUGUCAGCAUCAAACUCUCUGACUCUGGAAUCACUCACUCCCCUCGCGGCUGCCAGCUCUGUUCAUACAUUAAGUCAAUUCCCUUGAAGGAGGAAAGAAAGAUGGUUGCUACUCGAGUUGACUACAUGUUGCUAGGUCUCCUAAUCUACGAGGUUGCCACGGGGACCAAACCCUACGAAGAAAUAUACACUCUCUCUACGGUUGUCCUCUCUCUCCUUAACAAGAGACUACAGCUAAAUGUCGAGGCGGAGCUCGCAAAUUCUCGGAGAGCGCGGAGAGACAGUCGGACCCAGACACCCGUCUCCUGUCACAGACUCUGCAUGCAGACGUCGAUCGAGGAGUGCGUGGCCGGCAAAGAAAUAUACCCGGGGCACCUGCGAGCGAGGCUGAGUCUCUGUGCCGGGAAUCAGGAAUGGUCUCCUGUGAGACUUACACUCAACCCUGAGUGCCUUCUCUGCUCGGAGGAGGCCGAUCUCGUGUACUGGACGUCGGCCUCUCGAGGGCUCGUCACAGGCACACUGGAUAUCCGCACCGGGACCCUCAAUAGCAAUAUUCUACAGGAGGCCCCGCCGCCUCAGUCGGGGCUCUUUGCCAAACGAAUGCCGAAACCAGUUCCGAUUGCGGUGGGUCGAGCGACGGGUCUGACACUUGUGGAAGAGACUCAGCAGCUGUGGGUUGGAGCAGAGAAUGGGUCGAGAGGUUCUGUGUACGUGUUCAAGCUCCCUGACAUGAGAACGCAUCAUUACAUCCACCUCCAAGACGCCGUUCUAUCUCUGGCGGCUCUCAAUAAACUGGCAGUCAGCUACGGAGGGGAGCAGACAAAGUAUAGGGUCCUCGUUGGGAUGGCAAACGGAGCACUCAUCCAGUUCCUGGGGGUCCACCAGGGGAAAAUUCUCGAGAACCCCCUGCAGGGGCCGAAACUUGUGGUGUAUCUGGUGGGGAACCGACCGUGUAUCGCCAUGCAGUUGACGGUGCAGGGCCACGUGUGGUGCAGCUCUGGAAGUGACGUAGAGGUGUUGGAUACCGUCACUCUCAGGAGUAUUCGCAGAAUUCCCCUCACCCCUCCCCCGAGCCCCGAGAAAAACAGAGGGAUUUCCCCCCUGCCUCCAUCGUGGGGCGACGUAAUCACGCUCCUGCGAGUGAACUGGUACGGAGUGUGGACAGUGGCAAGACGGAGUCCCAUUCUCAGACUUUGGAACCAAGAAUCGGGGGCUCUGAUUUCGCAGUUCAACAUCAAGAACAUCAAUGGGGUUCUAGUGAAUGAUGAUGACAUCACAGCGAUGUCGUUGCAGGGGAGAGCGGUGUGGCUUGGAACCAGAAACGGCUACCUCAUCCUGCUCGAUGCGGCGGCCGUUGAGGAGAAGAGGGAGACCUGUCACCUCGGCCUCCAGCACUGUGGGGACGGGAAAAUCAAGAACAUCAUCCCAAUUGUCAGCUCCAAGAAAAUCUCUGCCAACUUAGAGGUAUUCUGCAGUCUGGAGUUCCCAGACGAGGUUUCUGGGUCCCUUAUGAUGUGGAGCUAUCAGUUCCAGCAAGACUGGAGACCCAAACCCACCAACUCUCGCAGUCUGAGCGCUCCUCUCCCUUCCCUCUCUUCCUCCUUAUGACCACCUCUCCCUCCCAUCUCUCUCUCUCUGGCCACCAUUUCUUAGUGACCCUUGUGAAGCUAUUGUUUUUGUAGUCCUACAUCCAUUCUACUGACGUCCUGGUAUCUGGCAUGAGGAUGUGACGCGAGGCCUUUGAUCAUAAUUAUUUUGCACCAACAAAUCAUUGAAUAUUUUCCAGUUCAUGUGUGUAUAAUCGACUGUUAAAAAUAUGACUGUCAAUUGAAUGUCUUUGGUCUGAUUCCCAUGUCUGGAACCAGAUUCUGACUGUCUGCAGUCAGAUCUCCUGUGAUGUCUGUACUGGUGUCUGAAUCACUCACAUCAUCUUUAGUGCCCGGGGUUUGAUUGGUGGGUGUGGUCUGUGUGAGAGUGUGGGGAGGGAGGGAGGGUGGGGCAGGCUGAGGUUUUGUAACUGGGAGAGAUGCUGCAGGUAUUGGAGAGUAAGAAGUUCUUUUCCGUAUUUCAAGUUCGUCCAGCUUCUUAUGCAGUUCAAUGGCCCGAAGCAAGCUGCAGCAGACAGCAGCAACGAUGAAGCUGAAAUUAGCAAACAACAAUAAAGGCUCACUUUUGUUUGACGCCGCUGAACUGCGUGAUUUUUGCCAUGUCUGUGAGCGUCUUGGCGUCGUAUUCCAGGUCGUAGCAAGCGUCUUCGACCCGUUGGCAAGUCUCUUUCAACUGCCGUCGCUGCUCUACCAGCUUCGGGACCGUCACUGCGACGUGCUCCUGGAUGCGGUACAUCCCGAGCGACGGUUCGUUUGCGCACGAGUAGAGGACGUCGUUGAAGGCCGUCGUGACACGCAACAGCCUCGUGGAGAUGUCCGGCUCCAGAAAAUUCGCCAUGUUUUGUUUGCACUCCAAUUGAAGCGCUCCCGACAAAACUCCAAUAAGAGCGCAACUCGGAUUACUCUAUUUGGAGCACACCACUGCGAGAAUGGAGUCCAGCGAGGAGAUCCCUCUCCCGAUACCAGCACAUCUCAGAGCUAACAUGGAGGACGAGUGUUUCUGGAUCCUCUGCCAACACAAACUGCUGAGGUUGCCAAGGAAACCAAGUGUGGAGGACCUCCUUCGCCAGUUCUACUACCAGAACAUUGCCACACCCACCGAGGAGACUAGCCCCACCUUACUGGCUGAGGUUCUGGACGGGAUAAAGAUAUACUUUGAUUUCAUGAUGGAAGACCACUUGCUAUAUGGACCGGAGAGAGAACAGUUCAAAUCCGUGAUAACAGAUCGGAACAAAACAACAUCCUCCAGCAGACAAAGAUCAACCAAUUCACUAGAAACUGCCAAAAACAGCUGUAGCCCAUCACCCCAUUUAGAGCACACCCCACAUGGUAACCCAUGGCAACCAGAGCAACAGAAACUCCAAUUAGAGCCCACCACUACCAGCACUCAUCCCUGCUCUCCACUGAUGCCAUCGCAAGUCUAUGGAGCCGAACACCUCCUGAGACUGUUUAUAAAGUUGCCUCUCUUUCUCUGCCACGCCCAGCUGCCCUCGACCCACGUUCAGCUGCUUCACCACCACUUCAAGGAGCUCCUGACGUACCUCUCCUCGCGACGAGGGGAGCUGUUCUCAGAGGAAAACUAUGAAAACACUAGUGUUGGUGGUGGGGUGGAGGAUGGUGGGACGAAAACCGAGACAGCUAGUACCACACCGAGUGGUGGAGUAACAGCUCCAUCUAGUAGCUCAACACCUGUAUCUAUUUCAUGACAAUUUCAUUCCUCCAAUUAGAGCACACCUCAGUUUCACUCUACCAACAUUCAUUGACAAUAGAAGUGUGGGGAGUUGAGAGUGAAGAAGUAGUGUGUUGUGACUAUCUGUGAAAAUCUUUCAUGUUCCAUAGUCCGUCGCACAAGAAGUGGAUGUUUUCUACACCGAUUCCUUUGUUCACACGAGUUCUGAAAACAGUAGAAUAUGAGGGCAUGCAAGAUACAUUGUGAGAUUGAGGAGGGGAAAGAGAUGCUCACAUUUCAUCGGUGGACAUUUUAGUCAUCCCGAUACUGACGCAGUGCUCCUUCCCUUCAGCCAUUACAGCCUGAACAACGACCGUCAGGAAAACACAACUCUAGAGACUAGACAAACAGCUACACAACAGAUCUACACAGAAUGCACUUACUGUGUCACUG